AUGGGGAAGCAGGAAUUCGAUAUCGAAGCCCAGAAGCAUUAUCCGUCACAAAACGAAGAUCCCCAACUGCGUUGGGGGUUCAUUCGAAAAGUGUAUUCAAUCUUGACAUUACAAUUGCUUUUAACAGUUCUCGUGGCCAGUAUAGUAGUCGUGACUCCACGAAUUAACCAGUUUUUUCAUACUCGAACGGGUUUUCUCGUCUACAUCAUCAUCGCCAUUUUUACGAUGAUAAUUGGCCUUGUGAUGCAAUGUGUUCUGGAGCGUCACCCUGUAAAUAUGAUCAUGUUGGGCUUGUUUACGAUUGGGUUUUCGAUUAUGGUUGGGGUUUCUUGUGUGUUUUCCAACGGGAAGGUGAUACUGGAGGCUAGUAUUUUGACCACCGUGUUGGUGGUCAGUCUCACCCUCUUCACUUUCUGGGCAGCUAAAAGAGGAUAUGACUUCAACUUCCUUGGGCCAUUUUUGUUCGUCACACUCAUUUUGGUGUUGCUUUUCAGCAUGAUUCAGAUCUUUUUCCCAAUGGGAAGCUUAGUGAGGAUGAUAAUCUCAUUUGUGAUAGCACUUAUAUACUGUGGAUUCAUCAUAUACGAUACGGAUAACAUGAUUAAACGCUGCAGCUACGAUCAAUACAUCAUGGCCGCAGCCAUGCUCUAUAUCGACAUGAUACAACUGUUUAUUGCAUUGCUUCAGAUCUUGGGAUUCAUUGACGGUUAA